CCGCCCGCCCUCCUCCCUUCAUUUAUAGCACAGAGAUCCCAAACUAAUUUUCCUCCUCCAGAAUUUUCCUUCGGCCCGGCGUCCCUCAUGCAAUCGGAGGGCAACACGUGAGCCGCCGUUAAGCUCCGGAACCGGGCCUCGUUAGUAGAGCCGGCCCCCUUCAGGACUGGCAGCCAAUGGCUGCGCCUGGCGUCGCCGGGCCUCGAAAGCCGCCUGAUUCACAAGCCGGCAACCGUCUGACUCUGCGCGUCACGCCGCGGUGUGGAAACCGGGACGAAGAUGGAGGAAUACGCGCGAGAGCCUUGCCCCUGGAGAAUAGUGGAUGAUUGUGGUGGAGCUUUCACAAUGGGAGCCAUUGGCGGAGGCAUCUUUCAAGCCAUCAAAGGAUUCAGAAAUUCCCCAGUGGGUGUAAAUUACCGGUUGCGGGGUAGUUUGACAGCUAUUAAAACCAGAGCACCUCAGCUGGGAGGUAGCUUUGCUAUCUGGGGUGGCCUCUUCUCCAUGAUCGACUGCAGCCUGGUGAAAGCAAGAGGAAAAGAAGAUCCCUGGAAUUCUAUUUCCAGUGGUGCUUUAACAGGGGCCAUUUUAGCUUCAAGAAAUGGACCAAUUGCCAUGGUUGGAUCUGCAGCUAUGGGGGGAAUUCUUCUAGCUUUAAUUGAAGGAGCAGGUAUCCUGUUAACAAGAUUUGCAUCUGCUCAAUUUCCAAAUGGUCCUCAGCUUUCUGAAGACCCAUCUCAGUUACAAGCCUCUCCCUUUGGAGACUACAGGCAGUACCAAUGAUUUCUCCUGUUUCUGUUGAACUUUAAAGUUUUACCUUUAAAAGGAGAAGCAAAAUGCAGCCUCAUUUGAAGACUUUUCAUCGGAUGUGUACAUGUAGAUGUUACUGUAUUUUUCACAAUAUUUAAAGGAUUAUGAAUAGAAAUUAUCACUGUAAAAUAAAUAUGAAAUGCCUGCAAACUCCAUAGAUAUUCCUUAUCUUAAGGAUCAAGCAACAUAUGGAUCUGUGGCCUUUUUCAGUGUAAUACAGAUUAUAUCACUGGGGAUAUAACCACCAUGUAAUAUGAAAACUUACAGAAUGCACUAGCAGAAUAUGUGCUGGUAACAGACAUCUGCAGUGAGCUGCUUCGUGUUUCCUUCCAGGUAAUCAGAAAGAGGUACAAAGUAAAGAAGAAAUAUUUAAUUUCCUUUCAAUUUUCUUGUAAAGUUAAUAUAACUCUCCAUAGUGAGAAUAAAAUAUUAAGGGAGAUCAUAAUAGUUCUUUACUGAAUAUUUAAAAGGAUAUAUUAUGUUGGCAAAAGAUUCAAGGACUAUUUUUGGCAAGAAAUCUGUUUUUUUUUCUUGAGCUUUUUUAAUCUUUGGAAAAUAAGUCUUAUAUGCUGUUCAUGUCACAGUGGAUGAAAUGUUUGUGAUCAGAUGGUGUACUUUGCAUGUCUAAAGUUCCUUACCCUAUCUGCACAACAACACGAUUGUCCUUCAUAACAGUCUUAUCUGAAGCUUGUGUGUUUUCAACUGUUGUCUGUUUUAAAUGAAUUUACUAUUUUUUCCCAAGUAAUUAUACAAAGAAUAGAAAUAUAUUACCUGUUUUAGACUAAACAUGAGAAUGAAGUAUUGCUUUAACAAGACAAAAUGCUGUAUGAACUUGUUAACUAGUUUGGAAAAAAAGAAUAGAGUUAGGGAUGUGCAGCGUUUCACACGCCAAGGGAAAAACAUGAUUCGGAAUGCCUGGGGGGUGUUCAUAUAGCAUCUGUUGGCAAUUUGUUAAAGCAGCCAUGUCUUCCUAAGAUUGCAUGCCUAUCCUCCAUAAUGGUAGCAUGAUGUUGAGAAAAGACUUACGUGGUCUGGAGUUGCUACAUGCAUACCCAAUGCACACUAAAAUAACUUUAUUCCUAGUAAUCUAAAGCAGGGGUCCCCAACCUGUCAGGAUCUGGGUCGCACAAGUGGUGCGCAAGCGAGCAAAGUUUUGUGUGCACGUGUGGGAUCUAGGUUGCACGUGAAACCAUCCCUUUCCCACCCGCCCACCCCUGGUCCGUGGAACAAUUAUUCUUCCAUGAAACCAAUCUUUCUGGUGCCAGAAAGAUUGUGGACCGCUGAUCUAAAGCACUGAACAGCCUUAUUAUAGAUCUUAUUUAUGUGUUAUUAGUUACAAAAAAUCUGGCAACACAGAAUAGUCUUUCUGAAGCUAAAAUUAAAUUACUACCCUCCAAGGGCAUCUGUGUUUUAUUGUUACAUUUUAAAAUGCAUCUUCUGUACGAAUUCAUACAUGUAUCAACUUUCUGUGCUUUUUGCAUUGUCUUGAAGUAGUCAACCGUGGCUGGGCUGCACCAUUUCAGAUAAGCAUUUAAUUAUACAAAGAUAAUUUAUCUUAAUAGAGAAGACAGAGCUUAAAUUCAUUCUUCAUGUGGAAAAAUUUGAAGUCUUGAGAGUUCCUAUCUGUACUCUAAAGUAGUACAGCCCCAGGAUUGUUGUCAUUUUAAAUAAGAAUUGAAUUUACUGUCUUGCAUGGACAAUUACAUGUCAAUAGCACAAUGGGAUUCAAUAAUACUGAAGAUUUUUAGAUAAAACUAUUCUAAGAAGUUAGCUCUAAUAAAUUCACAAUUAUCAAAUUA